CGUGUACACAGCUACAGUCCAAACUAAAGAAGGCAUCGAACAGUGAACAGCUCUUCAGAAUCAGAUGAAAAAUACUCAUCAAUCAGAGUAAACAACAAACCGAAGACUUUAUUUCAUAAAACAAAUCCAGUUAACCGUAUCUAGUGCCAUCUUGAACUGCUCGUUGGUUUCUCAUCAACCCAGACAUAUGGAGACUUUUAUCAAGCCCUUAACGAGCCUGCUUGACUAUCAGGCUCCGCAUUUAAUGCUAUGUUUCAUUUUACCUUUAGUAUUCUCUACCACCGAGUUCACGAGUUCUUCCCCAACGAUAGAGGGCGCUAUAUAAAACACAGCCUGUAUAUGUGUGAACGUCUCUGUGCUCUCACCCGGAUUUUGCUCUUCUCAGCAACACGUUGAUGAGAGACCCGAAUAACUGGAAAAUGGAGCUGAACGCGGAGAAGACCACUUCACGGGCGCUGCUGUCAUGUGGUGGUGGAGCAGGUCUCAGUGAGACACUUCUCCUCAAGCCAAAGGCUGACAGGUCCCUGCAGACAGAGAGAGUCCCAAGAAGCAGUGUGUUGGAGCGGCUGCACAGCUUCCUGCCUCGGAUGGCUGCAGCUAACGAGAAGCUGAAGCAGCAGAUGGAGGAGGCUCCUGCUGGACACUUUGACAUAGAGUGCGUUGAGGAAGCACAGAGAGUCAUCCAGAUGGAUGUAGCACUGGUUGAGCUCAGUGGGUCAGACUCUGACUCUGAGGAUGAAGAAGAUUUGUUGAACUCUGAGGAGGAAUCGGACUCUGAUGAUGCGCAGGAGAUCACAGAAGAGAACCUUAAACUACCUGGAGACAAAAGCAAGAAGAAGAAAGCUAUCAUCCAGGUUCUGGACCAGCAGGGGGCAUAAACAAGUCAGCCGCACAGAUUCUUGACUUCAUAUGGAGUUUAUUUUCCCCCCUGAGGAGAUGUGGGUGUGACAGAAGCUUUGCCCCAGGAGUCAGGGUUUUUUUAAGCUUCCCAGACACAGACCGUAGACAGAAAACUCUUUCUCGGAACAUUCAUGAGUCAUCGCUCUGUGAGCGACAUUAAAUGUUAUUUUGAAAGAAUGAGGUCACAGUUUCAAUAUUGCCUUUUCAUCAUCGCGUCUGGUCAUCAGCUGAUCAUGCAACCUUUAAUUAAGUGUUAAGGUGUAACACGGGGGAUCAUCUGUGUGUACAAAUUCAGUUCAGGCACAGUAAAGAUUUUCUAAAGGUCAUUACGAAAAAGGUGAAAAUAAAGCCUGUGUACAAAUAUUCAGAGGAAUUUAUCUUCAAUUUGAAAGGAUGUUUUUACUUUUCGUACUUAAAUAACAUGUACACUGAUUGAAUUUGUCUAAGUCAUAAAGUUUUAACUGCUCACGAU